UCUGUGCUUCUCCUGAUGGUUGAGGUGACCUUGCUUAAUGUCCUUGGCUGUUUGGGAAAACACAAGUCUACGAAUGACUGCGUUGGCACAGGGGAGGUGGAGGGCUCCACACCACCACAUCUUAUUUUUAUCAUGGUGGAUGACCAGGGUUACGGAGACAUUGGCUACCACGGCUCAGAUAUCCACACGCCUGUACUGGACCGACUGGCAGAAGAUGGGGUCAAACUUGAAAAUUAUUACGUCCAGCCAAUCUGCUCCCCCUCUCGCAGUCAACUAAUGACCGGGCGCUACCAAAUCCACACUGGACUCCAGCAUUCAAUCAUCCGAUCCCGUCAACCCCUCUGCCUGCCCCUGGAAAUUCCCACCCUACCAGAGCAUCUGGCUGAAGCUGGAUAUGCCACACACAUGGUGGGAAAAUGGCACCUGGGUUUCUGCAGGCCAAACUGCUUGCCCACAGGACGCGGCUUUCAUAGUUCUGGAACUCUUACUGGCAGUGGAGACCAUUAUUCCUAUCAGAGCUGCGACGGGGCUGAAGCUUGUGGAUUUGACCUGCACGAUGGAAACAGGCCUGCCUGGGAGAUGACAGGCAACUACUCCACUCUGCUCUACAUUGAGAGAGUGAAGCAGAUCCUGAGGAGCCACAACCCCCAGAAACCACUCUUCCUUUAUUUGUCCCUUCAGGCUGCCCAUACACCCUUGCAGGUACCAGACUAUUUUCUGCACCAAUAUGCUUCUCAGAGCAAUCGUCUCAGACGCCAUUAUGCAGCCAUGCUGAGCUGCCUGGAUGACGGGGUUGGACAAGUGGUCCAGGAACUUAAGACUAGUGGGCUGUACCAAAACUCAGUUCUGAUCUAUUCAUCUGAUAAUGGCGGUCAACCACUCUCUGGGGGGAGCAAUUGGCCCCUGAGAGGAGGUAAAGGCACCUACUGGGAAGGGGGCAUCAAGGCUGUAGGAUUUGUCCAUAGCCCCCUCCUGAAGAGGAAGGGGGUAGUCAGCAAAGCACUGAUCCAUGUUUCUGACUGGUUUCCAACAUUACUGGGGUUAGCUGGGGCCAUGAAGUCCAACGAUAGCCUGGAUGGUCACAAUGUGUGGAGAACCAUCAGUGAAGGCCUCGUCUCUCCAAGAACUGAAAUACUUUUAAACAUCGACCCAGUCUCCAGGAAGCCUGGGGAGCCUUAUGACAAGGCACUAUUCAACGGCUUCGGGAUCUGGGACACCGCCGUAAGGGCAGCGAUAAGGGCCGGGGACUGGAAACUAUUGACAGGGAAUGUGGGUGACGGGGACUGGAUCCCCCCACAGGCUCUUCCUGAUGGGCCAGACCGUUGGCAGCGACUUGAGAAACAACGAAAUGAGCCAGGGAAGUCAGUUUGGCUCUUCAAUAUCACUGCUGAUCCAUAUGAAAGAUCAGACCUGGCAGAAGCUCGUCCAGAGGUGGUGAAGCAUCUCCUGAUCAGACUGGCAAAGUACAACCAGACUGCUGUGACGGCCAGGAAUCCUCCAGAUGAUCCUAUGGCUGACCCAGAACUUCAUGGAGGGGUUUGGACCCCUUGGCUAGGCCUGGAGGGGCAGGAGGGAGGGAAUGGAGAAGAUGAUGGCAGAAAAGGAAAGAUAAUGAAGAUUAGGCACUGUAAACUAUGCAAAUUAAAAGCUCUCUUCAAGAAGGUGGGGUCACGCCUGCAGAGAAACACUCUCUUCUAAAUUAAUCAACAGUAUUUGGACUAAAAGGAUCAUUGAGACGUAAUUAAUCAUAUAAAUGGUGAUAGGACUCCAUUUGAGGCCUCUUGACCAUAUCAAGCAUAAAGGGAUAGAGAGAUGGAGACAAUGUCAGGAGAAAAGCUAGCAGUUCCGACAGACAAGAUAUACCCAGAAUCAAAUUCUAAUGAUCGGAAGAUAAACAGGCAGCCUGAAAACAAAGCAAACAGAACUCUGCGGAUGACUGAGCAAGCUGAGUCACUCACAGUCCUGUGGCCAAACUGCAGCAGGGUGACUUUGGGCUGUCGUUGGACUGCAUAUGGAACAAGUGUGUCAUUGUGUAUGUGUAGCUGUUUUCAUGAAUAGUAAAGAUAGAGUGCAUGAAUGUAGAAGCAAUGCCUAAAGAGAUGUGAAGAGGAAGAAAAGCAUAGAACAUGACUCGAUGUCUCAUCUCCUAAUCAUCCAAGAGGACCCUUAAAGGAUGACACAAAGACACCCACAGGGGAUGUUUUCUGUCAAAUGUCACCUUGUUCUCUUGUUAUUAGAGGUCAUAUAGAUUCUCUUCGACUCAUUAUGUGGAACACUGCUCUGUUUGAAAGACCAAUGACCAAAGCAUGAUGUCCAUUCCCAGCAGCUAUGACCAACUGACUAAAGCUCAGCUGUCCUUUCUGGACUUUUGAAUAUCACUGACCUUGUCUAUUAAGUUGUAAACCAUUCAAAUUAUCUAAGUAAAAUCAUAGGCGCAAAUCAAAGUCUUCACAAAAAGUCUCUGCAAAACUUCUCUGCAGUAAGUCAUGGCCCAAACUUAUUGAUAUAUUAAAAAAAGGUUGUUCUUUUCCUGCUCUGUAAUAUUUUACUUAUUUUUCGAACAAUUUUGAAGAUGUUUCCCAACACAUGCGUGAUAUUAUGUUGAAUGUAGCAAGACUAUUGAA